UGUGGCUCAGCUGGACGCCCCCCGCGUACCGUACCCCAUCUUGGUGACUUCGCACGAAACCCCUCAGUGCGCCGUUGCCAUGGCUUUCUCCGCUUCCAUGUUCUUCAAGCUCCUCGUCGCCAGCGUGCCGCUGGUGCGAGGACUUGUCCGAGAAGGAACUCAACAGGCUGGUCCAGUGGCAAUCAUCCCGCUGGACAAGCAGUACGUGCCGGUGAUCCGGAACGAGAAGAUCGUCUCCUACAAGACCGCCUACUUCGGCAAGAUCCACCUGGGCGUCGCCAGGCAACAGACCUUCACCGUGGUCUUUGACACGGGCAGCGCCCACUUGUUCGUGCCAUCGGCCACCUGCCAGAGCCCUGCAUGCACUCGGCACCGCCAGUUCUACCGUAAUGCGUCGGACUCGGCGGUGGACUUGGACCACGACGGGAACCCCGUGCAGAAGAACGCCACGCGGCGCGAUCAGGUGAACAUUGCCUUCGGCACCGGCGAGGUCACCGGAGAGUUUGUGCGAGAGACCGUCUGUUUGAGCCCUGGUGCGAUGGACUCUCCACGCAAGGACUGCACCGAGCUCCGUGUGAUCUUGGCCAGUGAGAUGACGAAGGAGCCCUUCAUGACCUUCGAAUUCGAUGGCGUCCUGGGCUUGGGCCUCGCCAGCCUGGCUGUGGACCCCGAGUUCAGCUUCUUUGGGCAAAUGUCCAAGUUGAAUGGCCUCAGAGAACAGACUUUUGGAUACUUCUUAUCACGGAGCGACAAGGUGCCCAGUGAGAUCUCCUUCGGAGGUCAUGACCCCAAGCGCCUGGCGAGCGACCUGCAGUGGGUUCCGGUGCACAAGCCGGAGCUGGGCUAUUGGCAAUUGAAGCCACGCGGCCGAAGACUGCGGAGGUGGUUUGAGGCGAAAGACUGGGAGCGGAGGUGGGUGCGGAGAGGUGUGUGUGUGUGUGUGUCGUGGGUUGGGGGGGGUUUGACGUUGGAGAGCUAG